GCGUUUUGCGACUCAACUUCGACCCAUCCAGGCACUUCCGGCGCGUCUACCGCCUGGGCGCCCUUCUCGGGGAGGGCAGCUUCGGCUCGGUGUGCUCAUGCACGCGCCGACUGACGGGUGAGGAACGGGCUGUGAAGCAGCUUCUGAAGUCCCGGAUGAAGGACGGCGGCAACGAUGUGCUGAACGAGCUGGAGAUCCUCGCCACGCUCGACCAUCCCAACGUGCUGAAGUUCUACGAGUUCUUCGAAGAUGACCUGGCCGUGCUCGCGGUGACGGAGCUUUGCGGAGAG